AUGUCUAUACCUUUACCUAACUUAAAUUUACGAAGAGAUGAAGGUCAAGAUCUAAGUGCCUCGCAAUCGAAUGAACAAAUAUCUUUGAACAUUAGAAACGAAAGGUUAAGGAAGAACAAUAUACAAGACUUGAGAGAUCAGACAAAACAGAUGAAUUUGCAGUCAACAAAUCAAAAUACUAAAAAUUUGGGUCAAAAAAGACAUGGUUCAAGUUCAUACUAUAUAACACCGAAUUAUAUUAAGAAAAGGGUAGCUAAGAAUAGUUAUAAUUCCGCCACUGGGAACUUCCUGGAUUCAGGCUCAAAUGGUGGAGGUGAUAUAUCAAAUCAAACAAGUUUACAAAAUACUCCAUUAGCAUCACCUAAACCAAGUAUUGCUAAGAAUAAUAUUAUCAAUACGUCAACGACUCCACAACCGACUUACAUAACACAAGAUUCGAUGACAUCCCCUUUUGUGCUAAAUUCAAAUUUACCUUCAAAUCUGGACAUAGUUUCAAAUGAAAAUUUAGAAGAUUCCAUAAGAAAAGAUCAAGACUUUUCACAGAUAAAUCAAGCAAUAAAGGAUAAAAUGAUGAGGCCAUUAUCUGUGAGGAAUGAUUCCUUUGUUUAUCAAGUUUCUAAUUUCCCAAGUCCUGAGAAUACCGAACCACAUUUGCAUACAUUUGAAAAGAAUACCUCAAUACAAAAUUAUUCAAGUAAUGACAAUAUUGUUCCUGACAACGAUAUGGACAUUGGAAAUGAGAAUGCCAAUAACGAAAGUAACGAUAGCAAUAAUAAUAAUAAUAAUAAUGAUUUUAAUGGUGAAUCGGGUAAUAAUGGGACUGUUGAAGAUUUCAAUGAUAUGAGCCAUAAUGUAGGAGGUAAUGGAGAUGAAGACAAAGAUAAUAAGGAUAAUGGGGAUAAUAAUGAUGUUCCUUCUGUUUCGGUUCCUCCACGGAAGUCAAGUCAGGCACUUGUACAAAAAUUGCAAGAUAUCUAUAAGAUAAUACUGAAACAAGAAGUUGAACUACAAGAAAGAUGUUCCCAGUUAACUAAUUCACAAACAACUGAAAUCAAAAAUUUAUGGGUCAUUUACAAACUCAAUGCCGACCUUAUCAACAAUUAUGUAACUUUUAUCACAACUGCAUUAUUCCCAUCUCAAUCGAAGAGUGAUUUAUUGAUUGGGGAAGAAAUCGUCGAUAUAUAUAAGAUUGAAAGAAGGCUUUGGGUUUAUGGUACUAUUACAUUUUUAGAUGUAUUAAAGAAUUUUUCAAAUUUCAUGGAUCCAGAAGUAUGCUGUCAAUUUAUAACACAUGUCUUCAUAUCGAUAUCUAGUAUGCUUGAUGACAUUCCUCAGAAAUAUGCAAUUCCAUGGUUGCAAAAGCUCGGUGACCUUUCAAGAAUGGCAGUUGCAUUGUUUCCUUCAGGAUUUAUAGAUUGGAAAUUAAGCGCAGAGCGCUGGUACAUGGCAGCAAUGGAAUAUUCAUAUGGAUACGGUAAACUUUAUUACCAUAUGUCAACUGUUCAACAAAAUACUCUGGAAGCAUUUGUAAAUUUAGGGAAAAGUGUGUUUUGUCAAAAUACUUUUGUCCCUUCACAGCAAUACUUGCAAUUAGUGAUCGAUAACAUCUAUCAAAGAGCAUUUGCUGAUAGAAAUAGUUCAAGCAAUAGUAGAAAUUGCCAACUUUUAGUUGAUUAUUUGAAACAUAGUGAAGUAAUGUUGCUACCGAACUUUAUGGAAUCGCCAGAUCUGCAACAGGUUGUAUUACUUUAUUUUAUGGAAAAGUUUGGUAUUGACUACAAUAAUAAUAAUGUCAAAAUGUUUCAACCUAGACAAAUGUUUAUUCAAAAUAAUGACCAAUUGAAAUUUUACUUUAGACAUGCAAACGCAUUUGCCGAAGCCCAAAUACUUCAAUUAGUAGGAUAUGGUAACCCUAAGAAUCCAUUCGCAUUACUUUUUUCUCUGCCCAAAUAUUUGAAAGAAAGAAGAGAUAAAAAAGAAAAACGAAAGCCAAAAAAUCAAAUUGUUGGUGAAGAUGGAUCUAGCACUACAUUUUCGUCGGUUAGUGGUAUGGAAUACAUGGUCAAUAUGGAAACAAAUGUAUUUCUGGGAUCUGAAGACUUUUUCAAUAAUAUUGACAAAUUGGCAAUAAAUAAUUUUAUGCCAAAUUCCAUCUCAUUAUGGAACGAUUCUUUGAAAUAUCAUAAUUUCACGGCAACAAAAUGUAGUAUGAUUGUACUUCAGAAAUUUUUGAAUGGGCCACUAAUGGUUGCAUUGCCACAUAUUUUACCAUGGGUUUACUUCUUAAUAUCAAUUGCCUUACAAAUAGAAAAAUAUCAAGAUACAGCAAUGAUGGAAUUUUGGUAUGCAUUUAUUAAAAGAAUAUUCCCAUGGAAUUCUAUGGUUAGAUUUUUAAAUGUUCUUUUAGCAUAUAUGAUUGAUAACUGUUGGGAUAAUUCUCCUUUGAAUGAACUUUGUGAUCAGUAUGGGUCCUUGAACUUGGAGGAAUUGCUUAGAAAUUUCAAUGCAAAUGAGGAUUUGCCUGAAGUUUGGAAAUGCCGUGGUUCCUUAUGGUUUGAUAUAAUUGAUGAAAAAAGAAAUAGUCAAAAUUGUGAUAGUUAUACGGAAUGUGGUAUCAAAGAUUAUCAAUUUUUGGAUUUCCCAGUCGAUGGUAUAGAAUUUGAUGAGAAUGACGAAAUAGGUAUUAAAUUUUGGAAAAGAUCAGUUAGGGUAAUAUUUUUAUUCAGAGGCAUUGUUGAAAGAUUUAAUGGGUUUGGUAAUUUGGCAAUUAGCUAUAAUGCACCUGUCAUUAAUAGAAGAGGUUUAGGAGUUAAUUCUCACUUAGUUGGAUAUUCCUUUAAAUUGAUGGCUAAAAGUGAUGAUAUUAUGUUUGAUGAUAUGUUAGUUUCUAAUUUUGAAGAAAUUGAUUCAAACAAUUCCGAUUUUAAUGCAAUUCCAUUAUUAAGCAUGAUUUAUGGAGAAAACAUUUUUGAAUAUGUUGGAUAUAAACGCAUUCAUGCUGAUUAUUAUUCGUUUGACAAAAAUGGUGAUUUGAUUUCUACGUCAUUUUAUAAUACAUGGUCUAUCAAUCAAGAUACAGGUGUGAAUGGAGGACCUCUAAGUAAUAAUAGUAGUAGUAGUAAUGCUGCUUCUAGUGAUCCUAUGAAUGAGAAAGAGCUAUUUAAUAAAUGCUUUGAUCCUGAAUACGACAGCGUGGAUGAGUUUUGGAACAAAGAGAUAUAUGAUGAUAUUGGGAGGAAGUUUGGAAUGGAGUUAUAUGAAGAUACAUAUUUCAUUUUGGACGCUACAUCCUGGUUGAGACACUUUGCACAUGUCUAUAAGAUUGCUACUAAUAGUAUAUUAAAAUUUUCUAUAUGUUUGACCACUUUUCAAGAAUUAAGAUUUUUGAGAAAAUCUAAGGACGAGAAUGUGGUUGAAGCUGCGACAAGGGCUAUUAUAACGUUAAGGCAAUUAUUUAGCGAAGGCAAAUUAUUGCCACUAAGGUUUACUGGUAAUGUAGCUACACAUAUAGAAGAACAUUUGGAGUUUGAAGAACAAAUAACCUGGAGGUCACAUGUUGAUGAAUUUGUAAUAGAGGCAGUUAUCAAGGCUGAAACUAAGAGAAAAGAGCAAGAAAUGCAUAAUAUGAAAGGAUUUCAAAUUGUUUUAGUUACCGAUGAUAGCAAUAUGAAGAAUAAAGCGCUUGAAAAAGGUAGUAAAACAUUCAGUACAAGAUUUGUAUUUGCAAUCUCGAAUUAUCUUCGAACCAUUGAUGAAAGUAAAAGACAACUAGCCAUAAAUUAG